CAUGCCACGACACCAUCACGAUCGAACGAAGAUGCCUCGAGUCAUAGCCCGGAAAACAACAACCAACAGCCUCAGUCGACUCUGUCCGCGAACCAUGCUCCCCUCGCGAAUUCACUGCAGCUCAGCGCCGACGAUGAAGCAGCGUUUCUCUACAUUCCGGAGUCGAUGAUGGUGUUGUUUUAUGGAAAACUCUGGAAAUGGAGCUGCUUCUCGUACAUCUACACCCACAUUGCGAGCCAAUAUUCCGGUGUGAUGAGAAGUCUGAUUGCCGUCGCAAGCAUGGAGUUGCGAGCUCAACAAGUGCUUCAGGCUCAAGACAGCGAUAAUUCGACCAAAUCACUCGAAGCAGCUCAUCGCCUUGGGGCCGCAGCCGCAUCGCACUACAGUCUAGCUCUACAGGACUUGUCAUCUCUGCUUAAUCUUAUUUGCCAUUCUGAGGGUCGAGACGACGAUAUAAACGCGUUGUUUACAAUGUGGUUUCUCAUUUUACGGUACGAGGCCUACGACUCGGAGAGUACUGGGGCAUCUUUGGUUCAUUUGGAGGGUAUCCGGUCAUUCCUGAAGCCGUAUCUGGAUGGCGACGAAUAUUUGGAUGGGAAAAGACUGCCGUCCCUUUCACAAACAAUGCUACUAUACACACUAUACUUGGAUGCAGAUUCCGCUACGGGGAAUGUACAUGGCGGCCAGCUCUGCAUGGACUUUUCAUCCCGAGAAGCCUCAGACUACAUCUCCCACGAGCGCUUGUUCCUGAGCGGACGAUCCAUCCUACCCAAAAUAUGGGGAGACGACUACCCGGUUACCGAAAUCCUCGAUGAUUUGGAAAACUACCGGCCACUGCGUCUGUAUCACCUGUGUCAGGGUGCGAAGCUGGAGCUCCUGAGACUGGCAAGAUCAGCAGCAGGUCCCGAUAAUGUCAGUCUGCAGAGACUCUGGCGCCAUAUCCAGAGCUUUGGUGAUGAAUUCACUGAUAUCUUGCUCUUGGCCAGGCAAGUCACCAGCUCUGGUGGCAAACGACUCAUGUGGACAGUCUACUCAGCCUUCUUGGACUUUCACGCUCUACAAGUCCUCUACUCCUGCCUACACGUAGAUCAAGAAUCCCAAUCACGAAUGGACUCAUCACUCUCCCAAAUUCUGAGAAUCGCAUCCAAGGCCCUUAGAGAGGACUCAAGACAGACAUACCGCUUGAUGUGGUCGUUGUCGGUGGCUCUCUGCAAGACUCAAGGGCACCCUGAUCAUAUGUGGCUAUCAGCUCAACUCGCAAAAGCACGGGUGUUGUUGCCAAACUUUGGCGUUCCUGGGUUGAUACUUGGACAGUGUGAUGGGCUUCAGAGUGGCCAUGUACAAUGA